ACUUUCACUACACAUUCUAUACUACUCAUCCAAUUCUUCAAUGCUUUCACUCUGCACUCUCAAAGCCAUUCCCUCUCUUCACUCGCAUAGUUAUCGAUGGAGUUUUCUGUUGAUGUGUUGGCAGCUAAACGCCCCCGUCCAGACGGAUUUUCCCCUGGCCCUGACAGAGACAAAAGACAGAAGUUAUCACAUGUUGUUGAGUACGGGAAUCCCCGAACAAUUACUCAUGUUCUGGGUCGUAUAGAGCACGAAAAAUUUGGAAGUGUCACAAAGGACAUAGAGGCCCUUGUUACCCGAAAAAUGCAGAUAUUGGGACGUUACUUUGCGAAAUAUCCCAGACUUGUUAAUCAAAUGUUGAAAGUGGAAAUGGACCACAAUGAAGAAGCUUUUAAGUUUGAAAAUAAAAAAGUUGCUGGUUUGAUACAUCAAAAUGUCGAGACUGAAAAGGGUGUUGAUGCAGCACCAUAUCCUAUUGUGAUUAUUGAUUCAGAUGAGGAAGAUGAUAGAGAUGAAAAAUCUAUUAUUCCAUUUCAUGAAGUUUUACAUGAGAAAGAUGAUAGAGAUAAAAAUGCUGUUGUUCCAUUUAUUGAAGUUUUGGACGAGAAAGAUGGUAGAGAUGAAAAAUCUGUUGUACCAUUUAUUGAAGUUUUAGAUGCGAAAGAUGAUAGAGAUAAAAAAUUUAUUGUUCCAUUUCAUGAAGUUUUAGAAGAGGAAGAUGAUAGAGAUAAAAAAUCUAUUGUUCCAUUUCAUGAAGUUGUGUUGCCGAGAUUAGUUGCAUCGUCUCAUGCGUUGAAGAGGAUUGGGUACCACACUCCCAUUCCAUACCACGGGGAAAGUGAAGAUCUAAAAACUGAGCCAAGUAUGGCUGGUAAAGGUAACUCUAGGGGCGAUAAAGGUGUUUAUAUUGGUGUACAAGAGCAAGAGGAUCAUCAUGUUGAUACUGAAGAUGAUGAUGAUCUACAAGAUAUUUGGAAGGAGAUGUCAAUGGCAAUAGAAUGUUCCAAAGAAGUUUCCGUGAAUCCUCCGCCAGAUAAAGAAGUAAAAGAAGAUGAAAACCCUCUGCCGGAUGAAGAAGUAAAUAAAUAUGAGGACUGUGAUCAUUCUUAUGUUUUAAAAGACGAUCUUGGUUAUGUUUGUCGCGUUUGUGGCAUUAUUGACCGAGGAAUUGAAACCAUAUUCGAGUUCCAGUACAAGGUUAAACGGAGCACAAGAACUUAUGCGUCUGAUUCACGGAAUACUAAAGAAAAAGGAGAUGUAUUUGGAAUAAAUGUUGCUGAAGAUGAGCUUAUAGUAACUGAAAUAUCAGCGCAUCCUAGACACAUGAAACAGAUGAAACCCCAUCAAGUUGAAGGAUUCAAUUUUCUUGUUAGAAAUCUUGCGGGUGACCAUCCUGGGGGCUGCAUCUUGGCCCAUGCUCCAGGAUCUGGGAAAACAUUUAUGAUAAUCAGUUUCAUGCAAAGUUUUCUAGGCAAGUAUCCUAACGCAAGACCCUUAGUGGUGCUUCCUAAGGGAAUAUUGUCAACAUGGAAAAAGGAGUUUCAAACAUGGCAAGUGGAGGACAUACCUCUUUAUGACCUUUACUCAGUGAAGGCUGAUAGUAGAAGUCAACAACUAGUAGUGUUGAAGAAAUGGAUGGAGCAGAAGAGUAUCCUUUUCUUAGGAUACAAACAGUUCUCCUCUAUUGUCUGUGAUAAUGGGACCAACAGUUCAUCAUCAUCUUGCCAAGAGAUUUUACUCAAGGUUCCUUCAAUUCUUAUUUUAGACGAGGGACACAAUCCAAGGAAUGAAAACACAGAUAUGGUACAGUCCCUUGCAAAAGUUCAAACGCCUAGAAAAGUUGUACUAUCAGGAACCCUUUAUCAAAAUCAUGUCAGGGAGGUGUUUAACAUUUUAAAUCUUGUUCGGCCAAAAUUUUUGAAGAUGGAAUCAUCUAGGCCUAUCGUGAGGCGCAUUCAAAGUAGAGUUCAUGUACAGGGUGUGAGAAGCUUCUAUGAUUUAGUUGAAAACACUUUGCAGAAGGACACAGAUUUUAAAAGGAAAGUAGCUGUUAUACAAGAUUUGCGCGAGAUGACGAGCAAGGUACUUCACUACUAUAAAGGAGAUUUUCUUGAAGAGCUUCCUGGUCUUGUUGAUUUUACUGUGGUGCUCACUCUUAGCCCUAGACAGAAGUCUGAAAUUGAGAAAUUAAAAAAGUUAUGUAGAAAGUUCAAGUUAAGUUCUAUAGGCAGUGCUGUCUAUCUGCAUCCUAAACUGAAAUCACUUGCAGAAAAAUGUAGUGAAAAUUCUAUAUCUGAAAACAUAAUUGAUGAUCUCAUUGAGACGUUGGCUUUGAGAGAUGGUGUGAAGUCCAAAUUCUUUUGGAACAUGGUAAAUUUGUGUGAAUCAGCUGGCGAGAAACUUCUAGUAUUUAGUCAAUACUUGUUACCUUUGAAAUAUUUAGAAAGGUUAAUCAUGAAAUGGAAAGGUUGGAGUCUAGGAAGAGAAAUAUUUGUAAUCUCAGGAGAAUCAAGCCCUGAGCACCGAGAAUGGUCCAUGGAAAAAUUUAACAAUUCUCCUGAUGCCAAAGUCUUCUUUGGCUCGAUCAAGGCUUGUGGAGAGGGCAUAUCAUUGGUCGGGGCAUCCCGCAUUAUUAUUGUGGACGUUCAUCUCAAUCCUUCGGUUACUCGCCAAGCUAUUGGUCGUGCAUUCAGACCGGGUCAGAAGAAGAAAGUCUUCGUGUAUCGAUUGGUAUCUGCUGAUUCCCCUGAAGAGGAAGAUCACACUACUUGUUUCAAGAAGGAUUUAAUUUCAAAAAUGUGGUUUGAAUGGAACCAGUACUGUGGUGAUCGAGCUUUUGAAGUUGAAGUAGUUGGUGUGAAAGAAUGUGGCGAUCUCUUUUUUGAAAGUCCAUUGUUAGGUGAAGAUGUCAAGGCUCUGUAUAAAAGGUAGAAUUUCUCUUUCAAUGGAUGUGGGUAAGCUAUUAGUUUUCACUUUCAUUUGAUUGCCCAGUUUUAGCAUUGUAUCUUGUGAUUUAGAACAAACUAGAGAGUUGUCGAAUUGAACCAGAGAUACAGAGUAUAUUAAAUUUUCUGAAUUCUUUUGUGUAUCAUUCGCCAAUUACACAGUUAUUUACUAAUAUGUGUUUUAUUUAUAUGCCAGGUAGAAUGUAGCUUUCAGUGGACAAUGAGUAGGCAAUUAUUUUUUUCUUUUAUGUGGUUUUCAGUUUUAGCAUUGUAUCUUGGUUCAGAACAGUGUAGAGUUACUGAACUGAAUAAGAUUUUAGUCUUUACCCUUUGUGAAGUUAAUUGUGAUCCAUCUCAUCUCGCACUCUGUUGUAGGGUGGUGGGAGAUGUAUAGUAUAUUAAAAUUUCUAAAUUUGUUUGAAUUGCAGCAAUCCUGUUAAUCAUGUAUUUGAGUAUUUCCAUUGAAUCGGCUGAUAAUAAAAAUAUUUC